UCUUGUGGCAAUAUCUACAAAGGCCUUGCUCAGACUGGUGCCUGGGGCUGUUUUGAUGAGUUCAACCGAAUCUCUGUGGAGGUCUUGUCGGUGGUGGCAGUGCAGGUAAAAAGCAUCCAGGAUGCAAUUAGAGAUAAGAAGCAGAGGUUCAGCUUCCUUGGGGAGGAGAUUAGCCUGAAUCCUUCUGUGGGCAUCUUCAUUACCAUGAACCCAGGCUACGCUGGCCGCACGGAGCUGCCUGAGAACCUCAAGGCUCUCUUCAGGCCUUGUGCGAUGGUUGUUCCAGACUUUGAGCUAAUCUGUGAGAUCAUGCUGGUGGCAGAAGGAUUCAUCGAGGCCCGGUUAUUAGCCAGAAAGUUUAUCACCCUUUACCAGCUGUGCAAAGAGCUUCUCUCCAAACAGGAUCAUUAUGACUGGGGCCUGCGAGCCAUCAAGUCUGUACUCGUGGUGGCAGGAUCCCUGAAGCGAGGAGACCCUGACCGGCCUGAGGACCAGGUCCUAAUGCGCUCCUUGAGAGACUUCAACAUCCCCAAGAUUGUGAUAGAUGACAUGCCUGUGUUCAUGGGCCUGAUUGGGGACCUCUUUCCCUCCCUGGAUGUCCCCCGAAGGAGGGACCUAAACUUUGAGGCUUUGGUACGGAAGGCAGUAGUGAACUUGAAGCUCCAGGCUGAGGACAACUUUGUGCUAAAGGUGGUCCAGCUGGAGGAGUUGCUGGCUGUGCGGCACUCCGUGUUUGUUGUGGGUGGUGCUGGUACCGGCAAGUCCCAGGUGCUGAGGUCCUUGCACAAGACCUAUCAGAUCAUGAGACGCCGCCCCAUCUGGACUGACCUCAACCCCAAAGCAGUCACAAAUGACGAGCUCUUUGGCAUCAUCAACCCAGCUACACGAGAAUGGAAGGAUGGCUUGUUCUCUUCCAUCAUGCGAGACCUUGCUAACAUCUCCCAUGAUGGGCCCAAGUGGAUUUUACUGGAUGGUGACAUAGAUCCAAUGUGGAUUGAAUCUCUGAACACAGUCAUGGAUGAUAACAAGGUGCUGACCCUGGCAAGCAACGAGAGGAUUCCUCUUAACCCCACCAUGCGGCUCCUCUUUGAGAUCAGCCACCUGCGCACAGCCACCCCGGCUACAGUCUCCAGAGCAGGAAUCCUGUAUAUCAACCCAGCAGACCUGGGAUGGAAUCCUCCAGUGAGUAGCUGGAUUGACCAGAGGGAAGUCCAAACAGAGAAAGCCAACCUAACCAUUCUGUUUGACAAGUAUCUUCCAACCUGCUUAGAAACACUCAGAACCAGAUUUAAGAAGAUAAUUCCAGUCCCAGAGCAGAGCAUGGUUCAGAUGCUGUGCCACCUUCUUGAGUGUUUCCUGACCAAAGAGGACAUCCCUACAGACUGCCCUAAGGAAACCUAUGAACUUUAUUUUGUAUUUGCUGCCAUCUGGGCUUUUGGUGGAGCAAUGGUCCAAGACCAGCUUGUGGACUACCGGGCAGAGUUCAGCAAGUGGUGGCUGACUGAGUUCAAGACAGUCAAGUUUCCUUCCCAAGGGACAAUUUUUGACUACUACAUAGACCCAGAGACCAAGAAAUUCGAGCCUUGGUCCAGGCUAAUCCCCCAGUUUGAAUUUGACCCUGAGAUGCCUUUGCAGGCCUGCGUGGUGCACACGAGUGAGACCAUCCCAGUGUGCUACUUCCUGGAGCGGCUCACGGAGCAGCGGCGACCUGUCAUGCUGGUGGGCACCGCCGGCACAGGCAAGUCGGUGCUGGUGGGAGCAAAACUGGCCAGCCUUGACCCUGAGGAAUACCUGGUGAAAAACGUGCCUUUCAACUACUAUACCACGUCAGCUAUGCUGCAGGCUGUCCUGGAGAAACCUCUAGAAAAGAAGGCUGGCAGAAAUUAUGGCCCUCCAGGAAGCAAGAAACUCAUCUAUUUCAUCGAUGACAUGAACAUGCCUGAGGUGGACACCUACGGGACUGUGCAGCCCCACACACUCCUCAGGCAGCACCUAGACUACGGCCACUGGUAUGAUCGGAGCAACCUGUCCCUAAAGGAGAUCAUGAAUGUACAGUAUGUGUCCUGUAUGAACCCCACUGCAGGCAGCUUCACCAUCAACCCACGGCUUCAGCGUCAUUUCAGCGUGUUUGUCCUGUCCUUCCCGGGAGCCGAUGCCCUAUCCUCCAUCUACGGCACCAUUCUAACCCAGCAUCUGAAGCUCGGAAACUUCCCAGCCUCCCUGCAGAAAUCUGUCCCCCAGCUCAUCAAUCUGGCCCUCACUUUCCAUCAGGAAAUUGCUGCCACAUUCCUGCCCACAGCGGCCAAAUUCCACUAUGUCUUCAAUCUCAGAGAUUUCGCCAACAUCUUCCAGGGUAUUCUUUUUUCCUCAGUGGAAUGUGUCAAAUCCACACAGGACCUUGUAAACCUCUAUCUGCAUGAAUCAAAUCGGGUUUAUCGGGAUAAGAUGGUGGAAGAAAAGGACCAUGAUCUCUUUGAUAAAAUCCAGACCAAAGUGCUCAAGAAAAGUUUUGACGAUAUUAAAGACACCAUGGGGCAGAUCCGAAGCCUGAAUAUGUAUUGCCAUUUUGCAAAUGGCAUCGGUGAACCUAAGUACAUGCCUGUACAAUCAUGGGAAAUUUUGACCCAGACUCUGGUAGAAGCCCUGGAAAAUCACAAUGAAGUCAACACUGUGAUGGACUUGGUUCUCUUUGAGGAUGCCAUGUGCCACAUCUGCCAUAUCAGUCGCAUCUUGGAGUCCCCACGGGGAAAUGCUCUGCUGGUUGGUGUAGGUGGGAGUGGUAAGCAGAGUCUGACAAGGCUGGCAGCUUUCAUCAGCUCCAUGGAUGUAUUCCAGAUCACACUGCGCAAGGAUUACCAGAUCCCUGACUUCAAGGUGGACCUUGCCAACCUGUGCAUGAAAGCUGGGGUGAAGAACCUCAGCACAGUGUUUCUCAUGGCUGAUGCCCAAGUGGCUGAUGAGAGGUUCCUUGUGCUCAUCAAUGACCUUUUGGCAUCUGGAGAGAUCCCAGAUCUCUACUCUGAUGAUGAAGUUGAAAACAUCAUAAGUAAUGUGAAGAAUGAGGUCAAGAGUCAAGGUCUGGUUGUUAACAGAGAGAACUGCUGGAAGUUCUUUAUAGAUCGGGUCCGACGACAACUGAAGGUGACUCUCUGCUUCUCCCCUGUGGGGAACAAGCUGAGGGUCCGCAGCAGGAAGUUCCCAGCCAUUGUGAACUGCACGGCCAUUGACUGGUUCCAUGAGUGGCCUAAGCAGGCACUGGAGUCUGUCAGCCUCCGCUUCUUGCAGAAUACAGAGGGCAUUGAGCCUUCAGUAAAGCAGUCGAUUAGCAAGUUUAUGGCCUUUGCCCACACAAGUGUUAACGAAACAUCCCAGGCUUAUCUGAGCAAUGAGCAGCGCUACAACUACACAACUCCCAAGUCCUUUCUGGAGUUCAUCAGACUGUACCAUAGCUUACUGCACAGGAAUGGAGAAGAGCUCAAGUCCAAAAUGGAGCGGCUUGAGAACGGGCUGCUGAGGCUGCACAGCACCUCUGCCCAGGUGGAUGAUCUUAAAGCCAAGCUGGCCAUCCAGGAAGUGGAGUUGAAGCAGAAGAAUGAAGAUGCAGACAAGCUGAUUCAGGUGGUGGGCAUGGAGACCGAUAAGGUGAGCAGAGAGAAGGCCAUCGCAGAUAAGGAAGAGCAAAAGGUGGCCCUCAUCAUGCUGGAGGUGCAGCAGAAGCAAAAGGACUGUGAGGAAGACCUAGCUAAAGCAGAGCCAGCCCUCAUGGCCGCCCAGGCAGCCCUCAACACCCUCAACAAGACCAACCUGACAGAGCUGAAGUCAUUCGGAUCCCCGCCUCUGGCCGUCAGCAAUGUCAGCGCUGCAGUGAUGGUGCUCAUGGCCCCAGAGGGCAAGGUGCCCAAGGACCGCAGCUGGAAGGCUGCUAAGGCCACCAUGGCCAAAGUGGACAGCUUCCUGGACUCACUCAUCAACUUCAACAAGGAGAACAUUCAUGAGAACUGCCUCAAAGCUAUCAGGCCGUAUCUGCAGGACCCUGAGUUCAAUCCGGACUUUGUGGCUACCAAGUCCUAUGCAGCUGCAGGCCUCUGUUCUUGGGUCAUAAAUAUCGUGAGGUUCUAUGAGGUGUUCUGUGAUGUGGAACCCAAGCGCCAAGCACUGAGCAAAGCCACCGCAGAUCUCACAGCAGCCCAAGAGAAGUUGGCAGCCAUCAAAGCCAAAAUCGCUCACCUUAAUGAAAACCUGGCAAAGCUCACCGCCAAGUUUGAGAAAGCAACGUCAGAGAAACUCAAGUGUCAACAAGAAGCUGAAGUGACCGCAGGCACCAUCUCCCUUGCAAACCGCCUGGUUAGAGGACUCGCUUCUGAAAACGUGAGGUGGGCAGAAGCUGUGCAGAACUUCAAACAGCAGGAAAGUACGUUAUGUGGAGACAUUUUACUUACCACAGCUUUCAUUUCAUACCUCGGCUUCUUCACAAAGAAAUACAGACAGACCCUCAUGGAUGGGAUCUGGAGACCCCACCUGAAUCAGUUGAAAGUUUCUAUCCCCAUCACUCCCACCCUGGACCCCCUAAGGAUGCUGACAGAUGAUGCCAACAUGGCCACCUGGCAGAAUGAGGGCCUCCCCGCAGAUCGCAUGUCUGUGGAGAAUGCUACCAUUCUCAUCAACUGUGAGCGCUGGCCACUCAUGGUGGACCCUCAGCUGCAAGGCAUCAAGUGGAUCAAGAACAAAUAUGGAGAGGGCCUUCGGGUCACCCAGAUUGGUCAGAAAGGUUACCUGCAAACCAUAGAGCAUGCCCUGGAAGCUGGAGAUGUGGUGCUGAUUGAAAAUCUGGAGGAGUCCAUUGAUCCUGUUCUGGGACCUCUGCUUGGGAGAGAAGUUAUUAAAAAAGGACGAUUCAUUAAAAUUGGAGACAAAGAGUGUGAAUAUAAUCCCAAAUUCCGGCUCAUCCUUCACACCAAGUUGGCCAACCCUCACUAUCAACCUGAGCUGCAGGCUCAGGCCACCCUGAUCAACUUCACUGUGACCAGGGAUGGCCUGGAGGACCAACUGCUGGCUGCUGUGGUCAGCAUGGAGAGGCCAGACCUGGAGCAGCUGAAGUCAGAUCUCACAAAGCAGCAGAAUGGAUUCAAAAUUACACUCAAAACAUUAGAAGACAACCUGCUGUCUCGCCUCUCCUCAGCAUCUGGGAACUUCCUUGGAGAAACAGCCUUGGUGGAGAACCUAGAGGUCACCAAGCAAACUGCUGCAGAGGUGGAGGAAAAGGUCCAGGAGGCCAAAGUGACCGAAGGGAAACUCAAUGAGGCCCGAGAGUACUAUCGACCAGCAGCUGCCCGAGCCUCUCUUCUCUACUUCAUCAUGAAUGACCUCAGCAAGAUCCACCCAAUGUACCAGUUCUCUCUCAAGGCCUUCAGCAGCGUCUUCCAGAAGGCUGUGGAGAGGGCUGUUCCCAAUGACAACCUCAAAGAGCGGGUGACCAACCUAAUUGACAGCAUAACCUUCUCUGUGUACCAGUACACUACCCGUGGGCUCUUCGAGUGUGAUAAGCUGACCUACCUUGCCCAUCUCACCUUUCAGAUUCUCCUCAUGAACCAGGAAGUCAAUACAGCAGAGUUGGAUUUCCUGCUCCGAUCCCCAGUAAGGACAGGCAUCCCCAGCCCAGUGGAGUUCCUCUCUAAUCGAGCAUGGGAAAGCAUCAAGGCACUUUCAUCAAUGGAAGAAUUCUGUAAUCUGGAUCGGGACAUCGAGGGAUCUGCUAAGAGCUGGAAAAAGUUUGUAGAAUCAGAAUGUCCUGAGAAGGAGAAGUUUCCCCAGGAGUGGAAGAACAAGACAGCCUUGCAGCGCCUCUGCAUGAUGAGGGCCAUGCGGCCUGACCGGCUGACCUAUGCCAUACGACAUUUUGUUGAGGAGAAGUUAGGAAGCAAAUACAUAGUAGGAAGAACACUUGACUUUGCAUCCUCCUUUGAAGAAUCAGGACCAGCCACUCCCAUGCUUUUUAUCCUGUCUCCAGGGGUGGACCCACUGAAGGACGUGGAAAACCAAGGAAAAAAACUUGGCUAUACCUUCAACAAUCGCAACUUUCACAACAUGUCUUUGGGACAAGGACAGGAGGUAGUGGCUGAGGCUGCGCUGGAUCUAGCUGCCAAGAAAGGUCACUGGGUUAUUUUGCAGAACAUCCAUCUGGUAGCCAAGUGGCUCAGCACCUUGGAGAAGAAGCUAGAGGAGCACAGCAAGGACAGCCACCCAGAGUUCAGAGUCUUCAUCAGCGCCGAGCCUGCACCCUCCCCUGAGGACCACAUCAUCCCCCAGGGCAUCCUGGAGAACUCCAUUAAGGUCACAAAUGAGCCUCCCACAGGCAUGCAUGCCAACCUGCACAAGGCCCUGGACAACUUCACUCAGGACACUCUGGAGAUGUGUUCCCGGGAGACAGAGUUUAAGAGCAUCCUCUUUGCUCUUUGUUACUUUCACGCGGCGGUGGCAGAAAGACGAAAGUUUGGGGCCCAGGGAUGGAAUCGGUCCUACCCCUUUAACACUGGGGACCUCACCAUUUCCGUGAAUGUGCUCUACAACUUCCUGGAGGCCAAUGCAAAGGUGCCCUAUGAUGAUUUGCGGUACUUGUUUGGUGAGAUUAUGUACGGAGGUCAUAUCACGGACAACUGGGACAGGAGACUCUGCAGAACCUAUCUGGAGGAAUUCAUUAAACCAGAAAUGUUAGAAGGGGAGCUGUCCUUGGCUCCAGGAUUCCCACUCCCGGGCAACAUGGACUACAGUGGUUACCAUCAGUACAUCGAUGCCGAGCUGCCCCCAGAGUCGCCCCACCUCUAUGGCCUCCACCCGAACGCGGAGAUUGGCUGCCUCACCCAGACCUCGGAAAAGCUUUUCCGCACCGUGCUGGAGCUGCAGCCUCGGGACAGCCACGCCGCAGACCGAGGUGGCGCUACAAGAGAGGAAAAGGUCAAGUCCCUUCUGGAAGAAAUAUUGGAACGGAUGACAGAUGAGUUUAACAUCCCAGAGCUGAUGGCCAAAGUGGACGAGUGCAGUCCCUACAUAGUAGUUGCUUUCCAGGAGUGUGAACGGAUGAACAUCCUCACCAGAGAGAUUCGGUGCUCACUAAGGGAGCUGGACCUUGGCCUAAAGGGGGAGCUGACUAUGACCACUGACAUGGAAAACUUACAGAAUUCCCUGUACCUAGAUGUGGUGCCAGAGUCCUGGGCCAGGUGUGCCUACCCUUCCACAGCAGGUCUGGCAGCCUGGUUUCUGGACCUUCUCAGCCGAAUCAAGGAGCUGGAGGCUUGGACAGGUGACUUUGCAAUGCCUUCCACUGUGUGGCUGACAGGCUUCUUCAACCCCCAGUCCUUCCUGACUGCCAUCAUGCAGUCCAUGGCCCGCAAGAAUGAAUGGCCACUGGACCAGAUGGCCCUGCAAUGUGAUGUGACAAAGAAGAACAGGGAGGAGUUCAGGAGCCCUCCUCGGGAGGGGGCCUAUAUCCAUGGUCUCUUUAUGGAAGGUGCCCGCUGGGACACUCAGGCUGGGAUCAUUACAGAGGCAAAGCUGAAGGAUCUCACACCUCCCAUGCCUGUGAUGUUCCUCAAGGCCGUCCCCAAAGAUAAGCAGGACUGCCGCAGUGUUUAUUCUUGUCCUGUGUAUAAGACUUGCAAGCGGGGACCCACCUACGUGUGGACUUUCAACCUGAAGACUAAGGAAAACCCAUCCAAGUGGGUGCUAGCUGGCGUAGCCUUGCUUCUCCAGAUUUAGCUUCCUGAAGAGCCUUGGAGAAAACAAAGAAAGAGGCUGACCUGGAGGCUCCCUGACAAGACAGGUGGGUGAGGGUGACCACUGACAUUCAGAUAAGUAAUCAUGAGCACUCAAGGGACGCCUAAAGUGAUGCUGAGCUGGAGUGUGGGCCCAGGAACUGUGGUGGGGUUAUUCUGUUGUACUGGAUCUUUCCUAAUAAAGUGAUUUACUCUUCAACUCAGUCUGUCCCGGCUCUUAGAGUUGCUGAGUCAUAAACAAUCUUGAUGAGGCCAAGCCACAAACAUGGGAGCCCUGACCAUGUUACACAGCACUACACUUACUGUUUAAGAAACAUCAUCCUGAACGUGGGGUUGCCAAACUGUUCUGAAAAGAGCAAGGUAGAAAACACUUGAGGCUUUGCAUUCCAUAUUGUCUAUUUCAGUUACUCUCCUCUGUUACUGUAGCUCCAAAGCAGCCUAGCUGAUUGUAAAUGAAUGGGUGUGGUUGCAUCCCAAUAGACUUUAUUCACAAAAAUAACCAAUGGGCCAUAUUUGGCUGACCUCUGCUGUGGAGGAUAAGGAAGUAUAUAUAUAUUUAUUUUUUUAAUUAACACAUCUUUACCUAAAUCCC